AUGAUUUCUCUGUCUCUAGUCAAACUCUUUUCAAUCACCAUACUGGAAACCUGGAAUUUUCAUGGAUGUUCAGGAUUUCAACUCAAGCAUGGGUCAUUAGGCGCCCAGGAUUACCAUCAAGACAUGUAUUCAGCAUCCGGCAUUGAAAGCUUGAAAACCUCCCCUCUGAGAGGAAGCUUCCAGGAAGGUCUAUGUGACAUGAGACAACCUCAUUAUCUUGGUCACACUCAGAAUCCUAGUCAUGUUAAUGGAGGAAUCAAUGACCCAGGAAACCCACAUCAAGUGACAACUGAGAUCUCUGGUAUAUACAUUCCAGAACAAGGACAUACACUGUCACACCUUGACUGUCACUUGUUUGAUCAUCAAGAGAUAUACUGGAGCACUUUCAAGAACCUAAACUCAGUGAAUAAUCAAAGGACUCCACAUCAUUUUGAAAGUAUGUCUUCCAUGGGUGGGACCUCUGGAACACAAGAGAUAACUGAUCUAUAUACAACUCAUGAUGAUUUUCUCUUAGACUUAGACAAGGUACCACUUCAUCUUCAAGCUUAUGAUUCAGACUAUCUUGAAAAACUGGGCUCAGGGCAACCUUAUGAACACUCUGGAACAUCUGAAGAAAACCUGUUUCUCUCAAGAGACUUCAUUCCAUUUGAAUUUUCAACUGAAAAUUUCCUUUUACAUCAAGAUGCUGUCAGAUGUGAAAAUGAACAACAGCCUCAACAUCUGAUUGAUGCAAUGCAAUAUUUCACAGAUAUUGAUCCAUGGAUGACAAAAAAUCCACCAUAUCACAGGGUAGAAAAUCCACAUCAACCCCACUUGAGAGAGCAAACCAUAAAUCUUACUGGUGGCUCACAACAACUUUCAACACCUCACACAGCUUACUAUCAUGAAGAAUCAUUUACGCAUAGCCAAAAUGAAUUACUGGAAAAUUCCUGGCUACAAGACAUUUGUCCAGAAUUGUAUGGUUAUCCUUCACCAGAUUGUGUGUCUCCAGAAAGUCAUAUUCCUGAAACAGGCCACACAGAAAUAAAUGUAAAAUCAGUCAAUGACAAAACACCAGAAGACAGAACCAGUCCCAUUUCCAGGGACAAUUUACUCAUGGAUAACACUGAUACAAUUCUCAAAAAGAACAUUGAACAGGAUCAAUCCAACCAGGAUCUUCAAGGAUCUCCUGUUGAAACAUGCCCUCACAAAGAUAUUCCCAAUAAAACUCUACCCAUAGAAGUGAAUCUCCCUUCCCUCAAAAACAAUCACUUGACUAAAAUAGACUCAAACAUUGAAAUUCAUGAAAAAACUGGGAUUGAAAAUGAGCCAAAUUCAAAUCAGAAGAAGAAGAGGAAGGGAAUACUGGAGAAAACAGGUGUUAAAUUACCAAGGAUAUCCAAUAAAAGGAGUAAGACUACUUUGAAAGCUGACCAUCAAAAAUUAAUCAGUCAAAUGGAAAAACCUAAGUUUUUUACAAAACUUUCAGAAAAUGAUCAUGAUCCAAGCUCUAGUAAAUUAGAUGAAGAUAGUCCAUGUACUUUCAGUAGAAUGAAAACUGCUGGGAAGUGUAGACUGUCAGGGCUUUCUGAGUCUCUCAAUGCGGGGAAUCUAGAACGGCCUGGCCGGGCAAGACGUAAAUUCAAGACUGCCCAAAGUAUUGGCAUGAUGAAUGUGAAUAGAUCUCCAACUCUAUCCUAUGAGAUAUUUGAUUGGUUCCAAGAGAUCUAUGAGGGGAUAAGACCACAUUGUAAAGAGGAAUCAGAAAUCAAGGCUUUAGGUUGUGCAAUUAAAAAUGCCGGUCAUGGGAUUGUAAUGGCUUUUCUUGGUAUUCUCAAAACUUUUGAGUAUGAUGAAAGUGGAAAGGACAAUCUUCAACUACUUCUGGAUGAUGGGUGGAAUUACAUGAAGAAGGUUUUUUCUCAUUGGAAAGUUGCCAAACCAGAAGAUUUUGGAUUUGGGAUGCCAACAAAAUACAUCCAGGAUUCUGACAUCUUGAGUCCUGGUUGGCAGAUGAAAUACCUGAAAGGUGUUUCUGCUGCUGAUGCAAUACCAUUCACAAUGAUUGUGUACCUUGCACGCAUGUGGUCCCAAGAGAAAGGUAGCCUGAGGGUUCCACAAGAUGUAAAACUUGAAAGAUUGGCGGCAACAUAUGAAAUGGAUGAUAGUUCAGCAGAGGGUGGAUUAUAUUCAAGACGUGGUGUCAGGAAUGAGGUAUUCUGGGGAGGAGAUCAAUUUUCAAAAAUUCACUGGUAUUUCAUUUGGAGUCCAGGACUUCCAUUACCAAACGAUUCUGGAAUCAUCUAUAAUUUAGCUCAGUUUCACACAAAUGUUGGUAGAGGAAUGUGCAAGACUGUCCACAUUUUUUUUGAAAAGCUGAUCCAUGAUCUCACAGGCCGUUACAAGGAGAUGAAUGAGGGCAAUGUUCACACAAGUAUCAAUGGUAUAGAUAUACCUGAUAAACUACAUCUAGUACAUUCAUCAAAUAUUGAUUUGAUUGUUCAAGCAGUCAGUGUUGCACAGUACAAAGUUACUGUUCCCUAUGUGGGUGCAAUCAGGGCUUUUUAUGAAAGCUCAUUAUCUGAAGAGGAGCUUGAGAUUUUGCUCAUGCAUGCUUGGAUAUUUCUCAAUGGACUAUAUUCUAAAUGGCUAGAGUUGAAUUUUCAACCUACAAAUCUUUCACAACUUUUCUCCAUGAAAUCUUCUGAAAUCUUCAAAUCAGCUAGACUAGAUGAUCCUGAAUAUAUGUUCCAAGUUCAUUUCAGUUUUAACAAGUAUAGGACACCAAAGAAACUUGUUCUUUAUCUUCUUGGAUUAUGGAGCAAGACUAUCAAAAAAAAGCAGUAUGGAUUGCAAGAGUCGCACAGGCUCCCUGUGAUAGGAUUUCCAUUAAAACCUUUUGAGGCGCAGAGUAUUUCAAAGUUGAUACAAAGGUGA